UACACGCCAGAGGCUCUCGCACAGCGGACAGACCCGCUGCUGGAGGCAUUUGUCAACAAUCUAAUGCGCGACGGCAAAAAGGCCCAGGCGACGUCGCACAUCUGCGACAUGCUCGACCACCUUGCCCAGGCCUUUCACGCGGACCCGCUGCCGGCGCUGCAUGCGGCCGUCGAGGCUGCCUCGCCGCUCGUGCGCAUGCAGACGCGAAAGGGCGGCGGUAAGAAUGUGCAGGUGCCUGUUGCGCUCCGGGCCGAGCAGAGCCGGAGAAAGGGCAUCGUCGCCAUCUUGGACGCGAGCAAGAAGAGAAACGAUCGGAAGCUGGCGACGAGGCUGGCAAGGGAGGUCAUUGCCGUCCUCGAGGGGACGAGCUCGACGCUGGCAAAGAAGGAAGAAGCACACAAGGUCGCCAUGUUGAAUCGCAGCAAUGCCAGCGUCAGGAUCUAG